UCCUAUCCCCACAGACCGAGUCAGAUCGGCGGACCGUUCACAGACGGGCCACAAGGAUCUUGCGUCCCGAUCGGCCGAUACUCAUUCGCGGUGAAGACAUCACGUUUACAUCACGAGAAGAGCCGUCUUGUGGAAGAGCCGACUAUUGUUAACAUUUCUGGCGAAGUGAGCAAGAAACUACUAAGAGUUGAAAAAAUCGUCUUAUCGAAGAUAUCGGCAGAAGUAGCUCAAUUAUCAAAACCAACGCGUGCUUUGAUUUAAAAAAGAAUUUAUAUCCCCGCAGAAAGGGUAUAAAUCGAAGUUCUGGAAUCAGAUAACUCGAAUUCGAACGGCACGUCUCGGAAAUAUAUCUAUUGGAACAUUAAGAAGCAUCAGGGAACAUUCUUCCAGAUUGACAGAAAAAAGGGAAGAAAGGAGUACAGAGGAAGAAAAAGGAGGAGACGGAAGAUUCUCUUUUAGUGAAGAAAUUUGUGAUUGUGCCGAAGGAUGAUUUUUAUCAGCGCUACGACGUACUUCCUGCUCGCUAUCAUUCUGAUAGCCUUGGUCUUGAUCCUGAUGGACUAUGUCACGUCGAAGAAAAAGCCGAAGAAAUUAUAUGACGGCGAAGAGUUAGCCGACUUACUAGACCCACCUGGACCAAAGCCAUGGCCAGUUCUAGGCUCUCUUCAUAUUUUGGGACGCUAUGACGUGCCUUACAAGGUCUUCGGCGACCUCGUCAAGGCCUACAACAGCCAAGUGAUCAAGAUCAAGAUGGGAUCGCUACCUUGCGUCGUCGUCAAUGGAUUGGAGAACAUCAAGGAAGUCUUGAUCACCAAGGGCCAUCACUUCGACUCCAGGCCAAACUUUAUUAGAUAUCAUCUUCUCUUCUGUGGCAACAAGGAGAACUCUUUGGCAUUCUGCAAUUGGUCGGAUGUUCAGAAGACGCGAAGGGAGAUGUUGCGAGGGCAUACCUUCCCGCGCGCCUUCACCACGCGAUACAACCAGUUAAAUGGGAUCAUCGGCGGGGAGGUAGACUGGCUGAUUAAUCACCUGACCGGCAUCUCUGGUAUUAGCCUGCACGCCAAACCGCUGAUCAUGCAUACGUGCGCGAACAUCUUCAUCAAGUACUUCUGUUCGCGACGUUUUGGCCUCGGCCAUGGUCCCUUCCGCGAGAUGAUCGAGAACUUCGACAAAGUCUUCUAUGAGGUGAACCAAGGAUACGCCGCAGAUUUUAUGCCGUUUCUGAUGCCGCUGCAUCAGCGUAACAUGACAAGGAUGGCGAAUUGGAGUCACGAGAUCAGGAUGUUCGUCGAGGAGAAUAUAAUCGGGGACCGUCUAGCUAGCUGGAGGUCGGUCAUACCUGAAGAAGAUUACGUGGACUGCUUGAUAAAUCACAUCAAAACCGACGGUGAACCUAAAAUGACUUGGGACAUGGCGUUGUUCGCGCUGGAAGACAUCGUCGGCGGUCAUUCGGCGGUCGGCAAUCUCCUCGUCAAGAUCCUGGGCUACCUGGUUACUCGGCCGCACGUACAGAAAGUAGCGCAGAUGGAAAUUGAUGGAAUUGAGAUCCCGGGCAAGUUUGUCGGGCUGGAGAACAGAGGAAACAUGCCGUAUACGGAAGCUAUCAUUCUCGAAGCGAUCAGGUUGAUCGCCAGUCCGAUCGUGCCGCACGUCGCCAACCAAGAUAGUUCCAUAGCCGGCUACAAGAUAGAGAAGGACACGUUUAUCUUUCUGAACAACUAUGAUCUAAAUAUGUCGAAUGAGUUGUGGACCUCUCCCGAGGAGUUUAUGCCGCAGAGAUUCGUGCAGAAUGGCAAACUGUUGAAGCCGGAACAUUUCCUGCCGUUUGGGGGUGGCCGAAGAUCUUGCAUGGGCUACAAAAUGGUCCAAUAUAUCAGCUUCUCGACAAUAGCCACUCUGCUAAAGAACUUCAACAUAUUACCGGUAGAAAAGGAGCUUUACAAAGUUCCUAUCGGCAAUCUGGCACUUCCGGAAAGUACGUUCAAAUUUCGUUUCGAGAGACGAUAAUAUAAUGGAUAAAAAACGCGCCGACAAUGAGAAACAAUAUGAAUCCUGUCGAAUCGAUGAAAUCGAAGCACGAUUUUGAUUUCUUGUCAAUGAUUCGACCACGGGCUGGGCUCUUGAAGACUUCGCCGAUUACGCGGAAUAUCAGCGAUCAAAGAGACCGAUUGGAUUUGAGCGGAAGGCAAGUUUGAAAAAACGGUUCGAGAUAUUUAAUUUAACGUUUCAUAGCAAUUGAGAGCGCAAGACAAGCGUUUUGCACAUCGGCGGAGUUUUUAUUAACGUUACGCAUUAAUUAACGUUAAGUCAGGACCAGCAGCUAGAAAGAGGCUUUUGACUCCAACGAAGCUUUACUUACGUAGGGAGGGUUAGAUAUGAGAACGAGUGGAGAGUAUUCGAUCUCCGACGCUAACAGAGCUUUACUGACAUUACUAGAUCGUUAAGAUAGCUAAUUGGAUCGUUUCUCGACUCAUGCCCUAGGCACGAAUACACGCGGAGCCCAGUUUCGUUAGUUAAAAUAUUGGUUAAUUAUUUUACAUUUUAUAGAGUUUCUCUUUUUUACUUUGAUUUAAUCGAGUUACAUAAUUUAACAAAAAUUAUCAUAUAUGAAGCUUAAUUUAUAAUAUUUUUGUGACAAAGUAGGUUGACAUUAAGUCCCGACCAUGAACAAAAAUUGUUUUAAAUAGAACAUCAUGCAUCGCCUAUUAUUUAGUGACUACUCGUUUAGAAAAUAAGAUCUCGUGAAUUGACAUUAAAAGUUUAAAGUUAUCACAUUAAGGAAAUGCCAGGGCCAAGUCCGGACGAUUCACGCAUAUAACUUUGAUGCUUGAAUAAUCGAUGAAGAAGAAGAGUAAAGUUAAUUGAUAAUUCCUUCGAGUUUAAAAUCGUAUUAUUUAAAUGCUUGAUAAGAAAUAUGCACUUUUUGUGUAUAUGAUUUAGAAUCCUUUCGCAAAAGUGAGUUUUGCAAAAGAUUCUAAUUUUGCAUUUUUUAACUCGAAGGUCUAAGAUUUUAUUUUUACUUGCAUAUAAAGAGAAAUGCGAAAUGUGCAUUUUGCGUAACAUACGUUUUUGUACAGUGUAGCAUCGCAUUUUUAUUUCUUCUUCUUCUUCUUGGCAUACUAAACGACUUUUCGUGUUGUUAAAUCAUUAUGCACGUAUUUCACAGUCUUCGUCAUAUUUCAUGACAUGAGGUGGUGCGAAGUAAUCUUGAAGAGUAAUCUAGGAGUACGGGAGCAGAAAAAGUGAUUAAAGAAAGAAUUAGAACAUUAAAGUAAUACGAGAAAAUUUGACAUUGUUUCCGAAAUGUUUGCAUUUUUUAUUAAAAUAAUACUACAUAUAAUAAUAAUUAUUCUCGACAGAGUAAUAUUUUUC